AUGGAGCUGCUAUACCAGCAAACGCACAAGCAGGUCCGUAAGACCUAGUCUCACAAGGGAGGACUUGAGAUGGCAAAAUAGUCUCUGCACUUAGUAGAAAACAAAAUCCAAGCAAACACAGACCAGAUAUUCAGCCAUCUAGAAUGUCUGGAGAUUUUGUCCAGCAAGGAGCCCUCUAACAAAAGACAGAAUGCCAAACUUCAUGUUGACCACUGAAAGUAUCAUGUCUAGCACCUUAGAAUGCUUGGAAACUUCCAGCAUCAGUGAUACAUAAGAGAGCAAGAGAGAUGGCAUGAGGGGCUUCUGUAUCACACUUCCGCCACUAAGUACUCAGCGCCAUCCUAAUGGAUGACUCACGGCAUUACCCUCCAGAAAAUUCACCACAGCACAGAUGACCUCACUGGAGUAGGGCACAGUAUUCUGGAAGGACUGAGGGCCCAGAGACUGACCUUGAAGGGGGCUCAGAAGAUCCUUGAUACUGCCAACAUGCUGAGCUUGUUACAGCAUGGUGAGAAGCGGGCUUUCCAGGACAAGUACUUUAUGAUUGGUGGGAUGCUGCUCACCUGUGCGGUCAUGUUCCUCGUGGUACAGUACCUGACAUGA